UUCCGGGAAAAUCUUUUUGUUUGCACUACUUUAAGGAAAACCACGGGAAAAUAUCUAUCGUUGUAUAGCUAAUAAACUGCAAAAUCCGAAAAUAUCAUUUUUUUUUUCUGCCGUUGGUAGGCUCGCGCAAGCCUUUAAGCGCAAAACUGGGCGUACCAGAAUUAUCACUCAGCGUUUCCGCUGACAUCCCAGUAAACUGACUGGCCCCGGGUUGUUCAAAAGGUGGAUAACGCUAUCCACCGGAUAAAUCACUAUCCAGUGGAUAGUGUGGUUUGUUUUGUUAACAGCUAUCCACUGGAUAGUGAAAAACCAAUAUAUAAAAAACGUAUUUCGAUCAACAAUGCUGUAGCUCAUUUUGAAACGUUCUUUUUAAUUCAGUCCGCUUAUAAGCUCCCCUGGAUAUAAGCCCCUACAUUUAUAAGCCCAUCCGAAACUCCUUACGAAGUUGUAUAGGCCCAGGGCUUAUAAGCGACAUUUUACGGUAUUGUCUUUUGCUUGUUGUGUGACACGAGUUCACAGUCUGAAGCGAGUUUCUUACAUAGCUUUCAAGAGAACGCUGUCGGUGCCGAGAGAUGAACAGAAGUUUCCUUAUCGUUUUCAUCGCAUUCACAGAAUUAACCUUUGCAGUGGCGUCAUUCUCAAAUGACUGUCCGGAGAAAUGCGACAUAACUUACGACCCUCUGUGCGGAAGUAACGGCCGAACGUACAAGAACAGCUGCCACAUGGCGCGCGACAACUGCUUUGCAAAAACCAAGGUGGUGGAGAUUCACAAAGGAGAAUGUUUAAAGAGUGAAGAUGAUAAAGCAGAAGAGAUACAACCGUACAGCUGUCUGAGGGUCGGCCGUGGAAAGUAUCUCAAGUGCUGAAACGAAAUAUCGCAGGAGCAGUUAUUAAGGGGUUAAUAGCACUGGCGGCCCUACAAAAUUCUACUGAAGUAUUCAAUACUUGCGGCAUGUCGCUAUUCUGCCUACAAGAGAUUUUACUUUAACACUACAAUUAAUGACGCAACUUCGGUUAAAAUUUCUGGAAUUUGAAUAAUUCAGACCUUGAUGAUGUAAUCAAUUGAAAUGCCUAUGAAAACGGUGAUGGUAAAACUGAAAAAGACGCGACGAAAAGCUGACAAGAAAUAUUUAAAUUUCCUUGAAUUUUCCCCAGGUACGUAGUGUUCCAGCGCUGAACUAAAAAAAAAAUAGUUGCUUUGGUUGGUCUUCUUGCUAAUUCCUAAGAUUCCAAAGCCUGUAAGAGAUUAUAUCUGAAGAGGUGAUAAAAUAAAUAUAUCUUGAUUUGUUUGAACUGUUAUUAACUUUGAGUGGAGACUUAACACUUAGUAGUCAGUACAAGAUAACACGAUAUCGCACGGUGUAUAUGCAAAAAUUUCUGAUCCACAAUUAAAGAGCAAACUCAGUUAGGAAGGUUUUAUAUCACUCCAGACCAUUUUCAAUUAAAAAAAGAAUAAGUAUAAACAUUUGGUUUCAAUCACGCACUAAAGCUCCAGCCGGCACUUAAAUAUCGUCCUUUAAUGGGCUCAUGACUGAAUGUUCACACUGAGGACCUGCUAAAAGCUUAGUCAUAUGUCAAAUGCACUUUCGUGACAACCUAAAGUGGCUUUUUUUUCUCUUGUAGAAGUGGGUAUUGCAAACUCACGUUUCGCGAUUUGCGCUCACAAGGAACUACAUAUCGAAUAUUGCACUCUGUUACCGACGUUUUACGUCUAAUGCCUGAAUUAGAAAGUUUUGUGGUUAUCUUCACAGACGUAAAAAGGCGUUUUCCUUUACUCACCGUUGCCUUCGUGCGUGCGGUCGCAACAUCGCUCUCGUGCAAACACGAAAACCGGACGAUUUGAUUCAAUUCUUUAUGUUACAAGCCCUUGAAAUUAAGUGCUCGAGAUGGAAAUUUCGCAUGGGAAAAUUAUAAUCGAUUUAUUAAGGUGGGCGUAAAUCA